CCCUACCGAGAUCCCGGGAGCUGUCCGGCCGCCUCGGUGCUGAUCCCGCCGUCGCCCACGGGCCGAGGGCAGCGCUAAGAGGGCACUAUGAGCGGGGGCGUCUACGGUGGAGAUGAGGUGGGUGCGCUGGUCUUUGAUAUUGGCUCCUUCUCAGUCCGCGCUGGGUACGCUGGAGAGGACUGCCCCAAGGGUCAAGAGGGUUCUCCCUCUCCCUGCCCAUUCACCCCUCCAGGCUGACUUCCCCACCACGGUGGGGCUGCUGGCCGCGGAGGAGGGGGGCGGGCUGGAGUUGGAGGGGGAGAAAGAGAAGAAAGGAAAGAUCUUCCACAUCGACACCAACGCCCUGCAUGUGCCUCGGGAUGGAGCAGAGGUCAUGUCACCCCUCAAGAAUGGCAUGAUCGAGGACUGGGAAUGCUUCCGUGCCAUUCUGGAUCACACCUACAGCAAACACGUCAAGUCUGAGCCAAACCUGCACCCAGUGCUCAUGUCUGAGGCCCCGUGGAACACACGGGCCAAGCGGGAGAAGCUGACGGAGCUGAUGUUCGAGCAGUACAACAUUCCUGCCUUCUUCUUAUGCAAGACAGCUGUGCUCACCGCCUUUGCAAACGGACGCUCCACGGGCCUCGUGCUGGACAGUGGGGCCACCCAUACAACAGCCAUACCAGUGCAUGAUGGCUACGUCCUGCAGCAAGGCAUCGUCAAAUCACCCCUGGCAGGGGACUUCAUCUCUAUGCAGUGCCGGGAGCUCUUCCAGGAAAUGGCCAUCGACAUCAUUCCGCCUUACAUGAUCGCAGCCAAGGAGCCUGUACGGGAGGGCGCCCCCCCAAACUGGAAGAAGAAGGAGAAGCUACCCCAGGUUUCCAAGUCCUGGCAUAACUACAUGUGCAAUGAGGUGAUCCAGGACUUCCAGGCGUCCGUGCUGCAGGUGUCAGACUCUCCCUACGAUGAGCAGGUGGCUGCGCAAAUGCCCACAGUGCAUUAUGAAAUGCCCAAUGGCUACAACACAGACUAUGGUGCUGAGCGGCUCCGCAUCCCUGAGGGCCUGUUCGAUCCCUCCAAUGUCAAGGGCCUGUCGGGGAACACCAUGUUAGGUGUGGGCCAUGUGGUGACCACCAGCAUUGGCAUGUGUGACAUCGACAUUCGCCCGGGCCUGUAUGGCAGUGUCAUUGUCACAGGCGGGAACACGCUUCUACAGGGUUUCACUGACAGGCUCAAUCGAGAGCUUUCCCAGAAGACCCCACCGAGUAUGAGACUGAAACUGAUCGCCAGCAACAGCACCAUGGAGCGCAAGUUCAGCCCCUGGAUUGGGGGCUCCAUUUUGGCCUCGCUGGGCACUUUCCAGCAGAUGUGGAUCUCCAAACAGGAAUACGAAGAGGGCGGAAAGCAGUGCGUGGAGCGGAAGUGCCCCUGAGGUCUCCCCCUCUUCAGGCCCACCGCAGCGGUGGGGGAGGGGCGCUCAAAGGAGGAGAGGGUGUUCCCCCCGCCUGGCCUCUUCCAG